AUGAACUUAUUUAAAUGGUUGUCUAAAACUAGUACUGCGAAACAUAGUAAUUUAGAAAAUGAUUCCUCAAAAGUCAUUGACAACAUUCCCAAAGUAGAAAAUAAAACUCUAGAUUUAUGGAAGGAAUAUAAUUACGAAUAUCAGCGAUAUGUUACAAUUGCUUCUGUCAAACUGGUAGAGAUUAAAAGAAUGAAUAAACGAGCUGUAGUUUCUACAGAAGAUUUAGAAAAAAGAAAGAAAGCGUAUGGAACAUGUGGUGAAUGCUAUAAGCCGGGCACAGGUUGGCAUUGGUGUCAACCUUGUAAUUCCAAAAGGUUUAAAGAAAAUUUUAAUAAAUGGACCAGUGGGAAUAAAAACGUGGAUGAAUUAAUACAAGAAUCGCAACUUAAUGCUAUCCAUUAUUCCAAAUGUCUUGAAUGGAUACCUUUUGAACAAUUUUCCAACGUCUCUUAUAUUACCAGGGGAGGUUUUGGUAAAAUUUAUUCGGCAUAUUGGCCCGAUGGAAAUAUUGAAUUUUGGGAUAUUAAAAGACAAAGAUGGCAAAGGAACAUAGAUCAAACGGUCGCAUUAAAAAGUUUAGAUAAUUCUUUCGAUAUAAGCAAAGAUUCUUUAAACGAGACUUUAGAAAGAUUGAGUGAAGAACUAUGGAAUCCUAAUAGUGAGAUUAAUCCUCAAAUAGAAGAAUGUAAAAGGAUUAGAGCAAACAAGUUUAAAAGUGAAUGUAAACCCAAAUCUCUUCAAACACAUUCUCAAGCAAUUUAUACUAGUAGAUUAAUAAAUUUUAAGAAUCUCCCAGAACCUGUAAAUUCAUCUCCUUGUCAAAUUUUUACAGUUUCAGAAUGUUUAGAUGCUCAAAUUAGUGAAGCAAUGUCAGUUUAA